GGCGCCAUUUGGAGUACCUAGUGUGUCAGCGGUGGCUGCCCCCUUCCCCUGGUCCUGAUGGCGAGAUUAGCAUCAAUAGAUUAUUGAUGACUAGUCAACAUUCUCUCAAAGGUAUCAGUUUGCAAAGUAUUGGGCGAUGUGUGGUACCGUGGGAUCUCAUCAUGGAGUGUAUCGCACGCUUCCGUCCACCGAAACUGGAGAAGCUCUACCUGACGAUGGUGAUGGACGAGCGUAAUGGGACGAUGGUCGCACCGGAGCAUACUGCACAAUGGUGUGCCGCUUUGCGUUGUCAUUAUCCUAGCAUACCCUACUUUCGUCGAACCACGUAUACGGUUAUCAUGGACGAUCUCAAGAGAGGAAGGGGGCUAGAGUCUCUGGGCUUCCAGCAUACAGUGAAUUCACCUAGGGAGCUCUUUGAGGAGGAGCAGGCACUUUGUGUCAAGCCCUUCGACGAUGUGCACCAACGCUCGACUUUGGAUGAGGAUGAGAGGUUCUUGUCUCUGUGGGACCAACUACCAGUAGAGUAUCAAGGACAGUAUUGGAAUAUAUACAAUACGCUAUUUGGUGUAUUCGGACGGGGUUCUCGUACGGGGGCGGGGGCGGUCACCCCGACUCCUCCCCGACCAACCCUCAGCAGGAGGCUUAGACCCCCGAGUCCGCAGCCGAGGGCGGUGUCACUCGAUCCGUAUGGACGAGUUGGGACUGGUAGAUCUCCGCAAAGUGUGGUAUCUAGGGCUACUGAUGAGUAUACUGAUGACGAUGGGAAUAGUGUAGAGAGCGAGGCGGGCAGUCUGGAUAUACUCACCAUGGAUGAGUUGCUCAAGGAGGAUCUCAGCGUCCUUCCUAUAGAUAACCACCAAGCUUUGUCAUCUGCUUCUAUCAUUGCCCAGUCUGGAGGUUGAAGUGAAUGGCUCGUAUCGGGUUAAUGACUGCUAUCGUCUACUUACUAUGUAGCAUGCAAAAGAU